AUGGAUCAGACUCUCCUCGGCGGCCUCGGCGUCUGCUGCCAAUUCCUUCUCCUUGGCACCGGCCUUGGAGACAUCGUGAGGACUGGCCGCAAUCUUCUGGAACUUGGCCACAAAGAACCCGUCAACGUUGUAUGCAUGUGGAUAGUAUCUUCUUGCGAGCGAGAGCUUCUGGUUGAAGUGUUUUCCUCUGUACGAUGUGAAUGCGGGCUUUCCAAUGGCCAGACCUGUGUCGACGAGUUUCACGUUUGGUCUUUUACGCAGAGCGUAAUCGACAACGGCCUCGUUCUCAUCAACAGCAACGGAACACGUGGAGUACACAAUCACUCCUCCCGUAGCGGAAUGAGAGUCGACCGAGUCGAUGGCCGACAACAGCAGCUGUUUCUGGAGAUGAGGAAUCUGGAUAAAGUCUUUCUCUGUUCUGUUGACCUUGACGUUCUGGUCCUUGGCAAUGACUCCUGUUCCGGAACAUGGGGCGUCCAACAACACUCUGUCGAAGCCACCAAUCACUUUAGGAAACUCGCGCGCGUCGUAGUUACAAACGACAGUGUUGGUGCAACCCAGACGGUGGAUGUUGGCAAUCAGCGACUUGGUUCUGGCCUUGUUGGCGUCGUUGGCAAACACACACCCGGUGUUCUUCAUCAGUGCAGAGAUGUAUGUGGUUUUUCCUCCUGGAGCAGCAGCCAUGUCCAGCACACGCUCGUUUUCUUGCGGGUCCAGGGCCAUCACCGGCAAGAACGACGAGGCCGCUUGCAAAAUGUAAUGUCCGGCCAGGUAUUCUGGAGUGGCUCCGAUCGGGACCUGCGAAUCAAAGAUCUGCAACCCGACCUUGGUCCAUGUUCCAAUCGGUUGCAAAUUGACUCCCUUGUUGACCAAAGUCUGUGCCAGCUCUCUGCGUCUGGUCAUCAGCGUGUUUGUUCUGAUACUCACUGGUCUGUGGAUCUCGUUGGCCUCGAAGAACUCGAUGGCUUCAGAUGGCGAGAACAAGUUGAACAGUUUCUCGGCCAAAAACGGUGUGUAGCCAAAAUACUCACAAAUGUCACUUAUCAACCGAUCCAUUCGGAACCGCCCGUCUUCAUCUCCUCUUCCUCCUGCUCCGUAGGCAGAACCUUGGCUCUUGGAUUCUUCAUGCUUUCCUCCAACAACUCGUCCUCGGCGUCCUGCUGUUCCUGCAACGCCUCCUCGUCCAACUUCUUGGAGUACUCCUCCAUGUUGGCGGCGUUGAUGGCGUCCAUGUCGUCGCUGUCGUCGUCCGAAAACAUUGGUCUUUCUCUGUCUUCUUCGUCAGAGUCCACAAACUCGUCUUGCAAAUCGUCGUCCUCAUCGUCGUCCAAUUGCUCGAAUCCUUGCAGAUCCUCCUCUUCGUCAUCGUCAAAAAGCGACUUCUUGGCAGCGGAGAGCUCUUCCAGAUCCACCUCGGGCAGAUCCUUUGGGUCCUCGUACUCUUCUUCCUCAACGGCCUUUUUGGCUCUCUUGGCCGUCUUUUUCACCGGCUUCUCCUCUGGAACGGCCUUCCGCUUCGUCUCCUUCUUAGCUGGCUUCUUCUGGAACUCCUCCAAGGAAGGAGGCAUUCCCUGCUUGUUUCUGGCCCGUCUUCCCAUAUCCAGUAGAUAA